AUGACAACAACAACUGAAACUUAUCAUACAACAUUUACAAAUUCAACAAUCAAUAAUAAUGAUGAUCCAUCAUUAAUUGUUGCUAAUGUUACAAUUGAUGAAUUAGUUGAAUCAUGUUGUAAUGAAGUAUUACCAUCAUCAUCUAGUCAAUUAAAUAGCAGUAGUAAUAGUGUUUCACCAACACAUCUUGUUCGUUUUGUUCAUUCACAAUCAUCACUUGUUAGUCAGAUAGAUGAAACAAAUAAUAUUCAACAAAAUCCAUCAAAUAUAAUUAUAUCUAGUCAUGAUAUACCAUCUAUUAAACAAACACCAUAUAUUAAUGUUAUUAAACGUUUACCAUCAACAAUAAAACCAAAAACAAUAAUUGAAUCAACAAAUUCAAUGUAUAAUACAACAAAUUUAACAAAUAUAACAGCUAAUAAUAUAAGUGUUAAUAAUUAUAAUGUUAAUAUUCAUACAACAAAUGUUCCACAACAACAACAACAAUCAAUAAUAAAUAAUGAACAUUUAAUUAAAAAAUCAAAUUCAUAUGAUGAAAAACAAACAACUGAAAUUGUAACACAAAUAUUAAAAAAUAUUAAAGAAGUUGAUGAACAAACAACAACAACAACAAAUUAUAAUAUACAUAUUGAUUCAUUUAAUUUUUCAUCAUCCAUAAAUGAACAACAAUCACUUAUAAAUAAAAAAUCACGUAUUAAAAAAGAAGCUAAAGCUUUAACAAAAAUUAUUGUUAAAGAUGAUUUAAUACAAUCACCUAUAUCACCAAAUUUUUUACGUACAAAAAAAACAAUAAAACAUCAUCAAUAUGAUAAUACAAAUAUAUUAAUAGAAUCUAUACCGGUACCAUAUGGAUGGCAAAGAAGAAUAUUAUCUACAGAUAUUGUUGUUUAUUUAAGUCCAACUAAUACAAUACUCGAUUCAUUAGAUGCUGUACGUCAUUAUAUUGAAUCACCAACAUCAUGUAAAUGUGGUCUUCAAUGUCCACUUAUUAUUGAUAAGGUAUUUAAUUUUGAUCCAAUGAAAAAAUCAAAAUCUUGGGAAGUUGUACAAGUUCUUGAAGGUACACAUUGUCGACAAAAAUCAAAUAUAUUAGAAAUGGCAACAUUAACAAAUUGUAUUGAUUCAUUUUGUGAAACUGAACAAAAACCAGUUAAACGUCGAAAACGUAUAUAUAAUGAAUCAACAAAUGGAAAUGUAUUUGUAUGUGCUUCAAAUUUAAUUGGAAAUAGUAAUAAUAAUAAUAAUAAUGAAUCAGUUGUUUUUGUUAAUAAUACCGAUCAAAUAUCUGGUAUAGAAAAUAGUCAAUCGAUGACAUGGACACCAAUACAACAAACAAAUAUAACUCCACCAUCGAAACGACCACGUGGUCGUCCACGUAAAACUACAGUAACAUCACCAAUAAUUACACAUCUUGCUGCUAAACCAUCAAAUGAUACAUAUCAAACACAACCUGUACCAUCAUCAAUACUUUCUCCACCAGCAUCUGUUUCAUCAAUAUCACAAACAAAUUUUGUUCAUAGAAAUUCAACAUCACCAUCAACAAUAUUUCAUCAAACAAAUAAUAUACGUCAUAUUAGUGAUAAUAUAUUAACUCCACCAAUUUUAUCAUCUUCAACAACAACAGAUACAAAUGUUAUUGCACGUGUUCCAUCAAUAUUUGAUCAAGUUAAAACAGCUACAAAUGAAUCAACAUUUGCUGUAUUAUCAGGUGUACAAAAUGUUUUAUUAUCACCUAAUCGUGAUUCAAAUAAUAAUGAUAAACGUUUACAUGUUGAUUCUAAUUCAUCAAUUGUAUCUACAACAGGCAAACAGGUAACUUUAAAUGUUAAUGCUCUAAAAUCAGAUUUUGUUCGUUCAACAUCUUCUAAUUCAAAAUCAUCAUUAACAAAUCAAAUUGAUGUUAUUUCAUUAAUGGGUACAACAAAUCAAAAUCAAUUAACAAUUCCAAAAACAUCAACUAUUGUUACUAUACCAUCAACAACACAUGAUGAAUAUAUAUCAAUAAAAUCUACAAAUGAACAAAUUAAUGAAUCAACACAACCAUUAAUGAUUGAUUUUAAUGAUCCAUCAACAACAAAUUUUCUUUUAUCAGCACUUGCAUCAGGUGCAUCAUCAGAUUCAAAUGCAAUUGUUAAUCAUCUUUUUCAAAAAGCUCAAACACAACAACAACAACAAUCAACAACAACAAUAAAUUCUCCAACAAUAUCAAUUCAAAAAAAAACUUUACCAAUUAUUUCAUCAAAUAUAAAAAAUUGUACAGAAACAACAAAUUUAUUACCAUCAAUACGUCAAUCAACAGUUGUAUUACAUGUACCAACAACAAAUGAUAUUAAUCAACAAACACAACAAAUUAUAUUGAAUAAUAAUAAUGAUGAUAAAAAACAACAACAACAUCAACAAAUAUUUUUUAUUAAUAAUAAACCAUAUAUAAUUCAACAAAAAUUAACUCAUGAACAAUCAUCACAACAACGAUUAAUUCUUACACCAUCAAUAUCACAAUCGAAUGAAACAUCUCAUUCAAAUCGAAAUAUUGUUAAUAUUAAUAAUAGUAAUACAUGUAUUCAAUCAACACUUGAUGAUGGUGGUAAUUGUCUUUUAUUAAAUGGACCUGUUGAACCUAAAACACUUCGUACAUUACUUAAAGGUUUAAAUUCAUCAUCAUUUUCUGGUGUUGAUAAUUUAAUUGAUACAAUAAAUCGUUUUGAACAUAAAACAACAACAAAUGAAAAAAAUGAUAAUCUUUUAAUAAAAUCAAUUCGUACAACAAAAAAAUCAAUUGAUACAAAUAAAACACCAAUAAAACGUCGUACAGCUAAAAAAAUUAAACAAGAAGAACAAAUUUCAAUAUCACAACCAAUUAUUGUUGAACAACAACAACAACAUCAAUGGCAAACAGAUUUUAAUACAUUUGAUUUUUCAACAUCAUGGGGAAGUGAUACAAAUCUUAAUUCACUUUUACUUAAUGAUGAUUUUGAUACAGCUGCUUCAUUUGAUGAUGUUAAUUUUGGUGAUUUUGAACCGUAUAUGAAUGGUAAUAAUAAUAAUGAUAUAAUAUUACCAUCAUUAUUUGUUAAACCAUUACCACCAGAUAGUUUAUCAAAUCUUGAUCAUUUAUUACCUUAG